AUACCAGCCAGCACCUUCAGAUGUCCUCCUCCCUCCCUGGCCCUCCUGGCCCCUUAUCUCUCCCUUAUUCCUAGAGGGAAGGGAGACUUCAGUCUGCUUUUCCCUCUGACAUUUCUGGAAUCCUGGCGAGACCCUGAAUCCUCACCACAACCCUCUAACCACACUCUGGUGGUCCCCACCUUUUCUCACAUGUUCCAUCAUCACACCUUGGAAGAUGCCAGGCUCUGAAAUGGACCGGCCCACACCCCAAUCCUGGCUCAGCCUUCUUUCUGCAGUGCUUCCCAGCUCUGGUCCUGGUGCCCCAAGCAGAGGGAAUUUUAUCAUGAUGCGAGCAGGUGGUGUGAAGAGCUGCACAGGAGCCCAGGACAGGCCCACCCCCCAUGCUCUCAGUGUCAGACCACAAAUCAGCUGUGAGUUCUCUGGGCAGUGUGUCUGCUGUGAUGAUGCUACAGACGAGCAUUUUCCUAGACCCCAGGGACACCCAGACUGGACCUUCUGAUCCCCAUGGCAAGCUGCUGUGAAGUCUGCUGGGGGUGAAGGCACCUCGACUCUGGCUGCAGUGCCACAGAAUGAUGUCCAAAGCGGCUCCCGCCAAAAAGCCGGCGGCCACGGCCCCGCCUCCGGGAUGUAGCCUGGACAUCAACGACCCCCAGGUCCAGAAAGCGGCCAUUCGUAUCCAGGCCUCUUACCGGGGCCACAGGUCCCGGAAGGAGCUGCGGGAGACCGGGCCGCCGCGCGUGCUGGAACCGCUGAAGGACGUGGUGCUGAUCGAGGGCAGCGCGGCCAAGCUGACUUGCCGCAUUUCGGCUUUCCCGGACCCAUUCAUCCGCUGGAGCAAGGACGGCAAGGAGCUGCGCGACGGGCCCAAGUAUCGCUACAUCUUCGAGGACCCUGACGUAGUCGCGUUGGUGGUGCGCGAUGGCGAGCUGGCGGACCUCGGCCAGUACAGCAUCAACGUAACCAACCCCUUCGGCCAGUGCUCCGACUCGGCGCGCAUCCUCGUGGAAGUCCCGGCGAAAAUUCAAAAGGGACCGGACAACACCAAGGCGCGCAAAGGCACCACCGUGACGCUGACUGCGGCGAUCAUGGGCGAGCCUGCGCCCAACGUGGGCUGGACCAAGGACGGCAAGGACAUCGAGGAGGAUGACAGGGUUUACUUCGAGAUCGGCAGCACCAACACAACGCUGACCAUCCGCCGGGCCACCCCGCAGGACAGCGGCAAGUACGAGGUGUACGUGGAGAACAGUCUGGGCAUGGACCAGAGCUUCGCUCGCGUGGACGUGGCCUGAAAAGGACCCUCGGAACUUUCGCUCUGUCUCCACGCCUUGGGGUGGGUGGGACUAACAACCCCCUUCUUCUUGCUUAAUAAAGCUGCUCUCUCGGA